AUGUUCACAGAGGAGAACCUUGGAAGGACGGCGCUCUAUGAUCUCCACCUCGAACACGGCGGCAAGAUGGUUCCUUUCGGUGGGUACAGCAUGCCAGUCCAGUAUUCUGACUUGUCAGUGGGCGACUCGCAUGCCUGGACUCGCGAGAAGGCGUCUCUUUUCGAUGUCGGACACAUGGUUCAAUACCAUGUGGAAGGCCCUGGAGCCGAAGCCUUUCUCGAAAGUAUCACGCCUUCUGGAGUCAAAGAGCUCAAAGUAGGACAAUCAACUCUUUCAGCUCUUCUCCUCCCCAAGACAGGCGGCAUUGGAGACGACUGCAUCAUCACUCGAUUAGAAGCUGGCCCCAAGCACCUAUUCUACCUGGUCACCAAUGCGGGCUGUCGCGAGAAGGACUACAAGUAUCUCUCUUCAGCAAUCUCCAACUGGGACAACACCGUCAACCCCGUAGUCGCUCUCCGCCACCUUGAAGCCGACAGUAAACCCUACGGUCUCAUUGCCCUUCAAGGACCCCUCUCCGCCUCCAUCCUCCAAUCAGCAUUCGCAACAAACUGCAAAGUCGACAUGUCCAAAUGGUAUUUCGGAACCGCCAAAUACAUCACUCUCGACCUUCCUUCAGGUGAAUCCCUUCCCAUAGUCGCCUCACGAGGUGGCUACACAGGCGAGGACGGGUUCGAACUAUCCAUCCACCCCUCCCAAACCGUCUCCGUCACCCGCCACCUGCUCAACGUAGCAACACCCUCACAGCUCCGCUUCGCAGGCCUAGGAGCCCGAGAUUCUCUCCGCUUAGAAGCCGGAAUGUGUCUCUACGGACACGAUCUCGACGAUACCACCACGCCUGUCGAAGCAGGCCUCAGCUGGAUCAUUCCCAAGUCCCGACGAUCAGGCGAACGAGCAAACUUCCACGGCGCCGAAACGAUCAUACCGCAGAUUACUCCCAAGAAAGAAGGUGGAGUGGGAGUGACUCGUCGUCGAGUGGGAUUUAUCGUCCAAGGAGCCCCCGCACGAGAAGGAGCAGAAGUUCUCGAUGCUGCCACCGAACAAGUAAUCGGCCGAAUCACAUCCGGUUGCCCGUCGCCCACGUUGAAGCAGAACAUUGCAAUGGGCUAUAUCAAGGAUGGUCAACACAAAGCGGGAACAGAAGUUCUGGUCAAAGUGCGCGGCAAAGCGAGGAAAGCGGUCGUGUCCAAGAUGCCCUUUUUACCGGCAAAGUAUGUGAAGGAGGCUUUGUCUCCUGCCUAG